AGGAAGUGCGCGUGCGCGCUGGACCGGCUCGUCUUGUUCCGUCCCAAUCAUUGUAAACAGGCGGAGGCUGGGCGGGGUGGGAAUGGGGCGCCCGAGGCCGGCCUGGGGCGCAGCGCAGAGGGCGGCUGCGGCGGCCGCGUGAGCGCGAGGAGGCGGCGGCUGCGGCGAGGCAGGCGGUCGCGCGGCUGCAGGCACAGGUGUAAUGGAUAGGUAACAGAGGAGCCCACUUCCUUCUCUUGUCAGGGCAUCAGCAUGACCGAAUGCUUCCUGCCCCCCACCAGCAGCCCCGGUGAACACCGCAGGGCGGAGCAUGGCAGUGGGCUCACCCGGACCCCCAGCUCAGAAGAGAUCAGCCCGACUAAGUUUCCUGGACUGUACCGCACUGGCGAGCCCUCCCCUCCCCAUGACAUCCUCCACGAGCCUCCUGAUGUAGUGUCUGAUGAUGAGAAAGACCAUGGGAAGAAAAAAGGAAAAUUCAAAAAAAAGGAAAAAAGGACUGAAGGCUAUGCUGCCUUUCAGGAAGAUAGCUCUGGAGAUGAAGCUGAAAGUCCUUCCAAAAUGAAGAGGUCCAAGGGAAUCCACGUUUUUAAGAAGCCCAGCUUUUCUAAAAAGAAGGAUUAUAAAAUAAAAGAGAAACCCAAGGAAGAAAAGCAUAAAGAAGAAAAGCACAAAGAAGAAAAACAUAAAGAAAAGAAGUCAAAAGACUUGACAGCAGCAGAUGUUGUCAAACAGUGGAAGGAAAAGAAGAAAAAGAAAAAGCCAGUUCAGGAGCCAGAGGUGCCUCAGAUUGAUGUUCCGAAUCUAAAACCCAUUUUUGGAAUUCCUUUGGCUGAUGCAGUAGAGAGGACCAUGAUGUAUGAUGGCGUUCGACUGCCAGCAGUUUUUCGUGAAUGUAUAGAUUAUGUGGAGAAACAUGGCAUGAAGUGUGAGGGCAUCUACAGAGUUUCAGGAAUUAAGUCAAAAGUGGAUGAGCUGAAAGCUGCCUAUGACCGAGAGGAGUCUCCAAACUUGGAAGAAUAUGAGCCUAACACUGUAGCUAGUUUGCUGAAGCAGUACUUGCGAGACCUUCCAGAGAAUUUGCUUACCAAAGAGCUUAUGCCCCGAUUUGAAGAAGCUUGUGGGAGGAAUACAGAGAGUGAGAAAGUGCAAGAACUCCAGCGCUUACUCAAAGACCUGCCAGAAUGUAACCAUCUUCUGAUUUCGUGGCUCAUUGUGCACAUGGACCAUGUCAUCGCGAAGGAACUGGAAACAAAAAUGAAUAUACAGAACAUUUCUAUCGUGCUCAGCCCAACCGUCCAGAUCAGUAAUCGCGUCCUGUAUGUGUUUUUCACACACGUGCAAGAGCUCUUUGGAAAUGUGGUACUAAAACAAGUGACGAAACCUCUGCGAUGGUCUAACAUGGCCACGAUGCCCACUCUGCCGGAGACCCAGGCGGGCAUCAAGGAGGAGAUCAGGAGACAGGAGUUUCUUUUGAAUUGUUUACAUCGAGACCUGCAGGGUGGGAUAAAGGAUUUAUCUAAAGAAGAAAGACUGUGGGAAGUACAAAGAAUUUUGACAGCCCUCAAAAGAAAACUGAGAGAAGCUAAAAGACAAGAGUGUGAAACCAAGAUUGCUCAAGAGAUAGCUAGUCUUUCAAAAGAGGAUGUUUCCAAAGAAGAAAUGAGUGAAAAUGAAGAAGUUAUAAAUAUUCUCCUCGCCCAGGAAAACGAGAUCCUGACGGAACAAGAGGAGCUCCUGGUCAUGGAGCAGUUUCUGCGCCGGCGGAUCGCCUCCGAGAAAGAGGAGAUUGAACGCCUGAGGGCCGAGAUUGCCGAAAUCCAGAGUCGCCAGCAGCACGGCCGCAGCGAGACCGAGGAUUGCUCCUCCGACAGCGAGAGUGAGAGUGAGGAUGAAGAGGAGCUGCAGAUCAUUCUGGAAGAUUUACAGAGACAGAACGAAGAGCUAGAAAUAAAGAACAAUCAUUUGAAUCAAGCAAUUCAUGAGGAGCGAGAGGCCAUCAUUGAGCUGCGUGUGCAGCUCCGCCUGCUCCAGAUGCAGAGAGCCAAGUCUGAGCAGCAGGUGCAGGAGGACGAAGAGCCUGAGAGGCGUGGGGCCGCAGUCCAGCUGCCCCGAGACGGUGUCCUUGAGACAAAAGCAGCUAAAGAGCAGCCAAAGGCAGGCAAGGAGCAAGCAAAGCCAUCGCCAAGCAGAGACAGGAAGGAGACACCCAUCUGAGCAGCCUGGUGGGGUGGCAUGGAAGCCUCUGGACUGAAAGGACCUGUGCAUCUUACUGUAAUACUGAGAGUCGAGGCAUGGCUCUCCUGCGCUGUACAUUCUGUAAAGACGUCUUCUCUUCUCAGAGACUCUUCCUCUCUCACACGUCUGACUUUGCGUCAGGCUCAGGUGGCAGGAGGAUGAAGCAAUGGACACAUUGUGGGCUUGUAGGGGGCAGAUGAGUUUUCCAGAUAGUGUCAGCUUAUUUGAAGAUUAAUUUUCCUUGUUAACUUAAAAUAACUAUUUUAACCCUUGAGUGGCUUCUUUUUAAACCAAAAAUUGUCUUUCUUUGCUUUUUUAUCACAGCAGUAUCAGGAUCUCUUUCUCAUUCAAGGGGGGGAGCCAACCAGGUCAAUGCUGCGCCUGCCUUGUGGACGCCCGUUGUCUUGCCCUCCAGGGUCUCUGCAUACCUAGUCACUCUUGCUCGUGCCUUUCACACCUUCUCGGUGCAGAUUAUACCACGGGGGAGCUGCCUCAUAUUUUCUGACUGGCCAGAAUGGCUCUUACUGGGUGUUCCCUUUACCCACCCUUGUAACUCCUUCCUUGUACAGUUCUCAACUACAGUCUGUAAGCCCGAGUCAUUAGGAUGUCCUAGAUUGGUCACAGACAGGGGCUGCCUGUGGAGCUUGCCCGCCAGCCCCAGGCAGCACAGGCCCUGGCAUGACGGAGGCCGCCCGCUCCUGCCGGGUACUCACUGCCAGUGGGUUGGUCAAAGGUAACUGCCUUGACCUGACGCAUCCACACAAAGGGUGUUUCUCAGACCAGAAGUCUUUCACGUGACUGAGCUUCCAUUAGGAACAGAACGACUGCACACGCUUGCUUGGGCUAGAAGGUACACGUCUCUUUGCCUGAAUAAGCCAUAUGUGUAUGCUCUUAAACAAAAGUUGUAAAUUAUCCACAUCAUCUUAGUGAAUCUGCUGAUGGACUCCCAACUGACAGAUCGAGCAAUAGGAAAAAAUUACUUUCCUUUUAAUGAUGGCUGUGAUUCACCCCACCCUGUUUUCUUGCGUCCAGUCCAUCAGAUCAGGUGGGUGCUCCAAGGCUUCUGGGAGGCCGGGCUCUUAAGGUAACUUGAUUUCAGUCACGUUGUGUCAGAAUCGGCAACCGCUAGACAGGUCAGAUCUCGUGGCUCUGAAGACAAACCCCACACGAGGGCUCUCUCCUCCUCCUCCCAGUUAGUGUCUGUUUUCAGCACCUGUUCGAUGCGGUUUUUUAUCCUCUACCUAUUGCACUGUUGUGACUUGUUGGCCAUUAUUUGAUUUUUGUACGGAACAAAGCUUUGUUAUAGAAAUCAGCAUACUAUUUUUUUAAAUCUGGAGAGAUGAUAUUAUGGUGACUGAAAAUAUGGUCAGGUGUCAAAUAUAAAUGUAUAAACGCCUUCUUGCUGUCCUGUCAGUCAUAUUACAUUAAUUUUAUAUUUGCUGGCAAUAUUGAAGGUUUCUUUUUUGUUUGUGUAAACUCUAAUUUCUAUCAAGGUGUCAAUGGAUUUUUAAAAUUAGUAUUUCAUUACAGAUAUCUCAGCAUUGGUUAACUGAUUUUUGCCAGGACCAUUAUUGAUCAAGCAAAUAAAUUCAACAGCCAUUUGGGAAAAAGAAAA